CCCUGCAUGAGAGGAAGAUCGGGCAAUACAACAGACAGCUACAGCUAGGGAGAGAGUUAACUUAUUUAUUAAACUGCCACAGCCUUUGCUGCCUGGCGGAUCUAUACUAUACUAUUUAUAGAUCGUUUCACACCUGGCGUCGAAGAUUGGACAGCGAACGCAAAGGACAGUCAUGAAGACGUCAACGACAAUUGGGAUCCUGGUGGCCGUCGGGAUGGUCAUCCUUGCUCUGUACCCCUCUACGAGUAUGGGGUACGACUGCUUCACUGAAAAAGACCAGGACAAACACACUUACAAGAAGAUCGACUGCACAAAGGACCCUGUCUCGCGGGACUUGUACGGAUGCCAGGACAGGUGCAACAUGGAACUCAAGUGCAAAGCAAUCGUGUGGGCCAGCUCCGACUGGAAGCACGGCAAGUACUGCUGCUUCUUGAAAUCCAAGACCGGCGCCAGAAAGCAUCAGUGGAAUCGUGUGACUUGCGUCAGAGGGCCUUUGCAUUGACGUGACCAAUUGAUAUAUGGCAUUGCACAGCAACGAUUCUUCUUCAAGAACUGUAGCCCACCGUUGGGAGACACGUGGCUGUACGGCGUUCUUUCCGUACAUCCUUCACGGAGACACGUGGCUGUACGGCGUUCUUUUCGUACAUCCGAGUCCUACAAGGCGGGAGAUUUUGCUGUUGCCGUCACAAAGAUAGUAGUUAGCAGUGUACGGCUCGAUGCCUCAUUACCAUAGCCACGUGUCAUUUCCAUCCUGGUUCCAUAUCAGCCCGAACGCCACGUGUCAAAAUGUGGUGCCACGUGUCACAAUGUGGUGCGGAGAACAUGUGCGUACUAGUCAGAUGACGGGGUACUUGGUGUAAGUGUUAGACAAGAGGAGGUCUGAGUUGUUGUUGUUGUUGUGAAGGAGUACGGAGCUAAUCGACCAACAUCAGUCAAGAGCUGACCUGUCUGUCUGAGAUACUGAAAUUGCUUUUGCCC